AAAGUUCCAUUACUGAAGAGAACAGUCUCCUCCUGAUCGAUUGGUCACGCCUGCAUUGGUGUCUCCAGCUUCCAUUUGUAGAGCCUUCCUGUGUCGCUGGCCGUGGAAUCCUCCCGGUUCUUUCGCCGCUCCUUGUCUUCCCAUACUGACUCUCAUCCUCCCCGGGAGCCGUCUCUCGGACUGUGGGGCAUUGUGUAAGAGUCCGGCAGGCUUCGGAGACCGGGGGAGAGGAAAGGAGCCUAAGAGGGGGUGACGGGGGGUCGCACAGUCGGAAACCGGGCCUGUGCGACUCGGGGAGGAAACACCGGGGGAGGAACACUGAGAAGCCCGGAUCCGGAGUUAUUCCGGGUCGGCUAUCCGUAGGGUUUCCUCCCCUGGGUCUGAUGAUGAACCCGCGGCGGGGAUCCGGAUCUUCCCCGGCAGCUCCUCUCACCAGCGGCUGAGACUAACAACACACCAGCGGUAUGGCAUCACAGCUGCAGGUGUUUUCCCCUCCUUCAAUAUCGUCCAGUGCCUUCUGUAGUGCAAAGAAACUCAAAGUUGAGCCGUCUGGCUGGGAUGUUACGGGGCAGGGUAACAGCAACAAGUAUUACGCACAUAGCAAAAACCUCUCACUCGCUCAAGGGCAUACAAGUUCAUCUCACCAGGUAGCUCAUUUCAGUCUACCUGCAUACGAGCCCAGUCUCCUUAUCCCAGCCACUGCAGCAGAGCGCAUAGUGGUAACUGCCGCAGAUAGCACAGGCAGCGGAGCCACCACCUCAUUUCAGAGCAGCCAGAUCUUAAACCACAGAAGCAACGUUUCUUUAUUGGAACCUUACCAAAAAUGCGGACUGAAAAGAAAAAGUGAAGAGGUGGACAGCAACGGUAGCGUGCAGAUUAUUGAUGAACGGCCACCUCUGAUGCUGCAAAACAGAACCGCGGUGGGUGCAGCUGCCACAACCACCACUGUAACCACUAAAAGCAGCAGUUCCAAUGGAGAGGGCGACUACCAACUCGUUCAGCAUGAAAUCCUGUGUUCCAUGACCAACAGCUAUGAGGUUUUAGAGUUUUUGGGCCGAGGGACAUUUGGUCAAGUGGCCAAAUGUUGGAAGCGGAGCACAAAGGAAAUCGUUGCCAUUAAAAUCCUAAAGAAUCAUCCUUCCUAUGCCAGACAAGGUCAGAUAGAAGUUAGCAUCCUCUCGCGCUUGAGCAGUGAAAAUGCAGAUGAGUACAACUUUGUGCGGUCAUAUGAGUGCUUCCAGCACAAGAAUCACACUUGCCUUGUUUUUGAAAUGUUGGAGCAGAACCUAUAUGACUUCCUUAAGCAAAACAAGUUCAGCCCUCUUCCUUUGAAGUAUAUUAGACCCAUUUUACAGCAAGUUGCCACUGCCCUAAUGAAGCUGAAAAGUUUAGGACUGAUUCAUGCCGAUCUGAAACCAGAGAACAUCAUGUUGGUUGAUCCAGUACGCCAGCCUUAUAGAGUGAAGGUGAUAGACUUUGGCUCUGCCAGUCAUGUUUCAAAAGCUGUGUGCUCAACCUACUUACAGUCCCGGUACUACAGAGCCCCUGAAAUCAUUCUUGGGUUGCCGUUUUGUGAAGCAAUAGAUAUGUGGUCGCUAGGGUGUGUUAUAGCAGAGUUGUUCCUUGGAUGGCCUCUCUACCCCGGUGCAUCAGAGUAUGAUCAGAUAAGGUACAUCUCCCAGACCCAAGGACUUCCUGCAGAGUACCUCCUCAGUGCUGGAACAAAGACCUCCAGAUUUUUCAAUAGAGAUCCAGACUUGGGCUAUCCUUUAUGGAGAUUAAAGACACCAGAAGAGCAUGAAAUGGAAACUGGAAUCAAAUCAAAAGAGGCUCGGAAGUACAUUUUCAACUGCUUAGAUGACAUGGCUCAGGUGAAUAUGUCUACAGACCUAGAAGGCACAGAUAUGUUGGCAGAGAAGGCAGACAGAAGAGAAUAUAUAGACUUGUUGAAGAAAAUGUUGACUAUUGAUGCAGAUAAGAGGAUAACUCCACUGAAAACCUUAAACCACCCUUUUGUCACCAUGACUCACUUGCUGGAUUUCCCACACAGUAAUCAUGUGAAGUCAUGUUUUCAGAACAUGGAGAUCUGUAAGAGGAGGAACAAUAUGUAUGACACAGUGAACCAGAUCAAGAGUCCUUUCACUACUCACGUGGCUCCAAACACAAGCACAAAUCUAACCAUGAGUUUCAGUAAUCAUUUGAAUACUGUGCACAAUCAGGCGAGUGUACUGGCAUCAAGCUCCUCUGCCGCAGCUACUCUUUCACUGGCCAACUCUGAUGUCUCGUUACUAAACUAUCAGUCCGCGCUUUACCCACCAUCGGCGGCACCAGUGACCGGCGUAGGGCAGCAGGGAGUGUCUUUGCAGCCUGGAGCAACACAGCUCUGCACUCAAACGGAUCCAUUCCAGCAGACUUUUAUUGUUUGCCCUCCAGCAUUUCAAGCUGGACUUCAAGCAACUACCAAGCAUUCCGGUUUUCCUGUUCAGAUGGACAGUAGUGUCCCCCUUGUUCCCCAAGCUCCAGCUGCUCAACCUCUCCAGAUCCAAUCUGGGCUCCUGACACAGGAAAGCUGUACCCCACUAAUGGUAACAACUCUUCAUCCACACGUAGCCACCAUCACGCCGCAGUAUGCGGUACCAUUUACCUUGAACUGCGCAGCCGGGCGGCCGGCGUUAGUUGAACAGACUGCUGCUGUACUGCAGGCAUGGCCUGGUGGAACACAGCAGAUCUUACUACCAUCUGCAUGGCAGCAACUUCCUGGGGUUGCUCUACACAAUUCAGUUCAGUCAACAGUGAUUCCUGAGACUAUUGGAAGUAACCAGCAGCUCACAGACUGGAGAAAUGUACAUUCCCAUGGAAACCAGUAUAGCGCCCUGAUGCAGCAGCCGUCGUUACUUGCCAACCAUGUGACUUUAGCUGCGGCUCAGCCUCUCAAUGUGGGGGUUGCUCAUGUUGUUCGACAACAAAAUGGAAACAUUUCAGCAAAGAAAAACAAGUUGCAGCAAACACAGAACAAUGCCAAGACACUCUCUGCUUUAGAUAUUCUCCCAUCCCAAGUCUAUUCAUUAGUGGGGAGCAGCCCAUUCCAUGCGUCCACUUCAUACAACCCCCUCCUCCCAAUCCAAGAGCAGCGCCAACCCAUUGUGAUCCCAGAUACCCCCAGCCCUCCUGUGAGUGUUAUCACUAUUCGCAGUGAUACGGAUGAGGAAGAGGACAGCAAGUACAAGCCUGGAAGCUCGGGCAUGAAGCUGCGGUCUAAUGUGAUCAGCUAUGUGACCGUUAAUGACUCCCCGGACUCAGACUCCUCGGUCAGCAGCCCAUACUUGGCAGAUCACCUUUCUACUCUUAAUGGAGUCAGUGGAGUGUUUGAAAUCCCAGGUAGCAGAGGAGCCCACACACACAGUUCUAGCUCCCGCACAAUUAUUGUGCCUCCAUUAAAGACGCAGAUUUAUGACUGCAGUUUGGAUAAUCAUCUGACAGGUUUCCUGGGUAGUGUUGGCAAGGUGAAAACUUCCAAUUCAAAUGGACAAUCAUCCGGUAGCUGCAUCUCCCAAACAGGCUAUCGCUCCCACCGCAUGCUAAAUGGAGUGCAGCCUCUCAACCUCAGUCAGAACCAGCAGUCGGCCUCCAUGGGAUCCCAGGAGAGAAGCAUGAAUCCUGCUCCUCGUAGACAGCAAGCCUAUGUUGCUCCUCUCCCAUCAAUUUCUCAGGCACCAUUCACUUUCCAGCACAACAGCCCCUUACAUUCCACAGUGCACCCCCACCUUGCGGCAGCUGUAUCAGCCACCAGCCAUCUAACAAGCCAGCCUCAUAUGUACACAUAUGCUCCCACUACUGCCGCAAGCCUAGGGUCCACUACAUCUAUAGCUCAUCUCUUCUCCCCUCAGGGCUCUUCAAGGCACACAACCUAUGCUACCCAUCCCAGUACUCUGGUGCAUCAGGUCCCGGUCAGUGUGGGACCCAGCUUGCUGACCUCUGCAAAUCUAGCCCCUGCACAGUAUCCCCACCAGUUUGCCACCCAGUCUUAUAUUGGUGCCUCUAGGGGUUCUGCAAUCUACACUGGAUAUCCUUUAAGUCCAACAAACAUCAACCAGUACUCGUACCUAUAAUCCAGGAUCUGGAAGCUUUUUGGAAACUUGACUGUUAUACUGCAGGAUUUGCUAGAAGCACGCUUGAAGGAAAAAGGGGCUCUGUUCCAUAAUGACUGCAUUGUUGUAGUCGCAUAAGCUUGUUCAGUGUUAACUCGUUCUGUGGUUUGUGUAUCACACGUUUUGUAUCAUCUUCCUGCAUAGCUCCUUUAGUGUAAGACUGCAUUGAUAAGGAUUCGGGACACUCUUCUGCUGAAGAUGGAUAGCUGUGGACUGCAAUAACAUUCUUCAUGGUCUUACUGCAUUUUUUUUUCUUAGUAUUUUAGAAAUUGUUUUAGGAAAAAAAAGUUUUCUUUUAUUUUAGUGUGUUUUAAUUUUUGCUACAGAUAAGCUCAAUCUUUUAAAAGUGUGACAAAUGAAGUAUUCAAGAUGCUUAUAAGUAAUUAGGUUUUGAUUAUACAUGCUCAUUAGUUCUUAGGGGGAAAACUUUUUUUUUUUAAUGAUUUGUUCUUUAAAAAAUGUUUUUUUCUUUUGCUUCCCACAAAGUAUUUUAAUGUAAUAGCUGCUUCAUGUACUAGAUGCACCACAGAAUGCAGUUUUAUUUCAGUGGUAAUACAGAUGACACUGGUGCAUAUUAUGUAACUCCUGAAGAUAUAUUGGGACAUUUGACUGUGUCUCUGGGUGUGGCAAUAUGUAAUACCUUCCUAUGUAAUGCAGGCUCGGGUGCCGGUUCACUGUUCUAUUUCUGCCCACAUUACUGGCAAUUGCAGUAAAGAAAACAUCACACUUUAUUAUUUCUUCCACCCUCAGAGAGACAAGUGGAAAUGAGUGAUAAUUACGUGAACGACGUGCAGCAGCAUACACAUGUUGCUACUACUCUAUAUCGGCUCCUUGUGUGUGCUCUAAGUAACACCAGAAAGCCUCAUCUAGGGCAUCAUGCAAUCUAAUAAAAUGUCUACUUAGCGAGGAACUUGAUAGACUAUUUAACUAUAUACUUAAAAAAUCCAUGCUUCCUAAAACUCUUCUUUGCAUUGAUCUGAAUUGCUAAAAAAACACAACAUUCUUUUAAAGUUCACAUAUUAAGCCACUGGGGUGUGGGUGACAUUACAUCUGUCACUAUCUGGAGAGUCACGUUUUCUUUUAAGCAAUCAUAGAAUUGGUAAGGAGUGUUACAAUCUCAAAUGAUUAUUCCCUAGUCCAGGGCUAGGCAAUAAGCGGCACUCCAGCUGCUGUGGGACUGCACAUCCCAGCAUGCCCUGCCACAGUUUUGUUAUCCGGACAUCCUGGGAUGUGUAGUUUCAACAGCAGCUUGAGGGCCUCUUAUUCCUACAGGCUUUCCUCAUUGAAAUAAUUUCCCCAUGUUAAACUAAGGAGAUGUUGCCAUAUUACCUCUGUCAGAGAAACGGCAAAUACAGAGCACACUGUAAGCGGUCUCUAACUCUCCAUACGGACAGAUAAAAGGUUGUUAUAUCCUUGAAUUAGGGGAGAGGUUUUGUCUACCCUCAGUUCGCGGAUGACCUGUUUGAUUCAGGAAAGCUUCCACUAUUGGUGGCGCUCUCAUUUCUUUUAUGCCAUAAUGAUCCAUUUGAACUGUUUUUGGAAUGCAUGUCAACUGCAGAACCUAAUGAGGUAGAUCUAGUGAUUACAUAUUUAAUGUGAAAUACUGCACAUUUCAUGGAGAAACUUCCACUUUAAGCAUGUUUUAGUUGUACAUGGUACAAAAGUGUUUACAGUUUUUAGGCUAUUUGAAUUCCUAUUACUGUAUGCAUUAAAUGAGACAUUAACUUUCUGUUGCUACAUUAUUAGAUAUUAUUCAGAGUUGCAUUCUAGGAAUUGAAAAGAUGUUCCCCUAUACAUUUGCGUUCCACUGUAUUCAGUGACUUGCAAUACGUACAAUCCUUGUGGAAGGACUAACAUGUAAAAGGUUGCUUUCACAUGAUGUAGUCUUCUCUCUGGUCAUAGUAAUGACUGUAUAUAGUUCACUCCUGCUUGCUUUAGCACCCUUUGUCUCCGUUCUCCCACCAGGCUGGAAGACUAACAACCUUUCAAGUUUCUUAAAGAAUUUAAAACUAAAUUAGUAGUUUUGUAUUUGUGGUGAUUUCAUAUUUUACACCGUGAAAUAUGCACCUUCUGAUUCACCAUAUGAGAAAAAGCAAAUCUACUAAGCAAUGGUGCAGUCAUCACCCGAAAUGCAUCAAAAGAAUUUGUGUCUAAUCCAAACUAUUAGUGAUGAUACUUGAACUUAUCUGUACAUGUGUCUGUCAGUCUUUGGGAAUGGGGGUGAGUAGUGGUUAGGUUUUUUAUAUACAUAUAGUUAUAAAAAAAAAAUACUUUUUUUUUUUUUUUGUAAACCAAAACAAAUUGUGGGUGUGUGUGAAACAGAAAUUUCACUGUAACACUGGUUAUAUAUAUAAAAAAUUACACAGUUCUCUCUCACAUACAUACAUGCAUACAUACAUACAUAUAUAUAUAUAUAUAUAUAUAUAUAUAUAUAUAAAUUAGUUAUGUCUGAAUUGUACUCGCAUAGUAGUGAGUUAAUGAUAAAUCGGAGUUGUUUUGCACAGGUAUGUAUGGUGAUAACUUGUUUCAUGUAUGUCCACUUAAUGUAGUGCCUUAAAUGCCAACAUAGUGAUUAGUUUACAGUAAGCUUGCCUUAUUAUAUGGCUGGCAAGCCCCUUUGAAUAGAAGCAAUUCUUUAAACCUUGAAGCAAGAGUGAGAACAGGCCUGUGAGAUGUACAGUUGGGGUAAUAUUUUGGAGCUGCCUCGUUUGGUUUUGUGUUUCUGUAGUGGGAAUCCUAAUGAUGCUUUAGAGUUGGGCUGUGUUGGUUCCUGUCCUGUUAUACAGGCACAUAAACUGGUUAGUUGUAGAUAACCAUUUCAGAUCUCUUCAGACUGUGGAAGUUUUUAUUAGUGUUUACUCUAACUCAUUUGUGCAAUAAAUCCCCUCUAUUUUUUAGUUGACGCUUCAAACCAGACCUUCUGCUUGUUAGGUAAUAACAGUCUUUGUGAGAAUACAUGCAAGCUAGUUAUAGGAUGUUUAUACCAAAGAAAGCUUAGCCUAGUAAUUGUGUUGUGCUGACUGGCACGAUGGGUCUAUACUAAGUUACCAGUCAUUUGUCAUCACAGAGCAUGCCAGUGCCAUUCUGAGCUAGUUUUAGUAUUAUGGCAAAUCCAGCAGUGUCCUUUUUGUCUUUUCCUGCUUGAUAUGUUUGACCUGUGCCUAUGGAGUCUAUUAUUCAGUAUGUGCUGUAGUUAUUUUGGCUGUGUCAGUUACCCCUCAUUGCAGGGUCAACACCUCCCCGUGUCUUGCUAAGCUGUUCAGUUUUGCUCACUGAUAAGACUGGUUUUGUUGUAAACUAUUUGGUGGUUAGAGGGCAGCCAGGAAUAUGGUAACCGAUCAACAAGUGUGCACAGAUCCUGCUAAUCACACCGUGGAUUCCCUGUUGCACAAUAACGUAUGCUGAAGAUGUUUGUAUCCUUUAAGAGUUUCUUCUCCCUAAAGAGUUUAUUCAUAUCCACAAAGUAGUUUUACCAGCACCUGCAGUUUACUGCAGCUAUAACAUACAGGGAUGAUGUAAAUGUUAGCACUGCCAUAAUGUUCUUCUACCACCAUGUUUAAAUAGCCCUGAAUAGCUAUACAUUUCCAACGCCACAUCUGAGGAGGAGGGGUUUAGUGCGCUCUUCUGAGACAGAAAGGACUGUAAAACUCUGCUGUAGACUGGCUAACAAGCUGUACAUAUUUAUCACUCAGUGUUUUGCAUUUUAUUCCCCUUUUAUAAAGCUGUAGAAUAGUUUCUAGUGUUUUUCAAAGGGGGGAAAAAGAUUGGUAUGAUUUAUGAAACUUUUUCUUUUCUUAUAUUAAAAACUUGUUUUAUAUAUUUGUUGUGUAUAUAUGGGUUUUUACCAUUCCUCAGAACUAUAAAAAAAUAAUAAUUUAGAGUGGAAUGUGAGCAUUAUCCUACAUGUUUAAUAAAUCAAGUCACUGUUGCAUUUAUAUUGUGAGUUCUAAGUAUCCUAUUAUGAGCAACAAGGCUGUUUGCAUUUUUUCAAUAUAUAAAAUGGUAUUUGGUUUUUCUUUUGGUCUCAAUAGUACAUAUUAUAAAAUUAAACACUGAAUUGUUUCAAAUUAAACUAGUCAAGAUUAAAUAUUUCCUUUUCUGCUAAUGUUUUAUAGGCUGGCACUGAAAAUAAGAGAAGGGAUGACACCUUUCUGUUUAGUUAGGAAAAUGUGUGUUUAUCAUUGGCAACCUAAAGAAAGCAUUCACUAAACCCAAUAUGAACGUUCUCUUGCAUUUGUCUUGCUUAACUUACUAUGGGUGACCUUUUACUUUUUUCUUUUUGUUUAGGUUUUAUCUUAAUGUUGAUCACUACAUGUAGCAGUACAUUAUAUGUAAUGUUAGCGUUUUGCUUUUAAUCAUUGAUAUUGCAAUGUCUGUUUUUUCUUUAAUGUGUUUGAUAUGCUAGUUGCUGUGUUGGAACCUAACAAAAUCAUAUUUUAUAUGGUUGUGCUUUUAUUUCUUUUAUAUAUAUAUUUUGUUCCAAGUGGCUAUAAUUGUAGUUCCUUGGAAUUUAUUGUACUGUUUGUGUUGCCGGUGUUCUGAGGGUUAUGUAAACUCAGUUUUAAGAAAACAAAAAAAUAGAUAUUUAAAAUUUAUUACUAACUAUAUGGGAUAAAGGUCCAUUGUGAAAACAUAGUUUAUCAUUGGAUUCAAUGUUUGUCUUUGGUUUUACAAAGUAGCUCGUAUUUUAUGUAUUUUCUACAUCAUAUGGCAAAAUGUUUAGCAAUUGAAAUGCAUCAAUAAAGAGGGGUAAUUUUUCUUUA